UGUCCUCUUGGCUAACACAUCAACUAGUACCAAAAGCUCGAUGUCUCGGAUCUCGAGUUCACACGUACACGAGUGUAUGGCCAAUUCAACCUUGGAGAGAGGACUUUGUGUCAGACAGAACGUGCGCUACACCAGGAGCCUAAUGGAUGAAAUCUGAAAUGGAUAAAACUUUACGCGUGUGCAUCGUUAUCGUUCUCUGCGCCUUCAUCAAUACAGUUUGUAGCAGGACAGAGAAACGUUCGUACAACGAAUCAGAUGCCAUCGAAUCAGACAACUACCCGGGUCCCUACCCACCAGCCUUGAACUUGACCUGGGAGUGGACUGUUGGAGCCGGCAUUUGGGCUGUGAUCUUCGUAGAGUUUUCUCUGGACGAUGGCGAUUGGCUGACCAUAUGGGAUGGACAGAAAGCGAUCAACUACGAUGGUUUGAAUCGACCUAUCCAACCCUACAUCACUGUGACCCAUCAACUUAGGAUCAGUUUUGUCAGUGUCAACAAGACUAAGGGUUCAGAGGUCAAAGGGUUUCAAGAUGGGUCAGAGGUUAAGAGAUUCCGCCUUCAGAUCCUCCAUGCUCUCGAUAAAGUACAAGCUGAAAUAAAGAUCCACGAGUUCCGGGAAUCUUUAGAGAAACAAGCCACAAGCUCGCCAAACAGCCUCGUUGUCAUCCUCUCGGUAACCCUGGUAACGCUAGUCGCGCUGGCCGCCAUUGUGGUGUUCAUUCGCUACAGGAUGGGGCGGAAGGGAAACUCCCGGCUAGACGCAGCGUUCAGCGCGCAGAUGAACGGGGGCGCGCGGCACUCGAGAGGGGAAGAACAUCUAACGGCAGACACGGCGCUAGGCGAGCCACGCCGGACGAGGCAGCCGCGAGCCCUGCAGCAGUCUACCAGCCAGCUGACGUGGAUAGCGAGGGCGCAGUUAAACACAUCCUCGCAACAACCCGCCUCGCCAACCCACAGACCCAACCCGUACAACUACAUCGGGUCAACCUCGCCCUCCGACGUUCGGGUGCUCGGCAUUGCUCUUGUCGAAGACCCCUACGCUGAGCAGCCGCCCUACGGCCCAGGAUCGAAUCCUGGCCGGCCCGACGUCGUACCGGAGGACGACAGCUACCUGACUGACCUUCAGAAGGUUUUCAAGUGCGUCACCGUCAACAGCGGCUCCCAGAGGAGGAGCCAAAACAGAUCACGAUUCUCUUACAACCGGCCCGGUGAGCCGUACGCCAACCAGCCCGGUGAGCCGUACGCCAACCAGCUGGUAGACAACCUGCUGACUUACGAGUCAGGCGUCGAUGACUCCACGGACACUAAAGACUUCCUGGUGGAGCUGCAAGACGAAUCUCCCAGAGAGCACAACGAAUCUAACGAGCCACCCUCGUACGAAUCCUUGAUGUGCGGCACGGGUUCGAUCCCCAGCCAGAGCUAUGAUAACAUCGUCCCUGGGGUGUCGCACGCUGGUCGACAUUGCGUCGACACACCUUCAGACAGUGUCCUUGACCCGACCUUUAGCUGUGACCUUGACCCACUGGCCAGAACGACGUCCAUCAGUGACAACGAGCCACUGGCUAGAGUGACAGACACCUCAUCCAACUGUAUUUACCUCAACACGCUGUAAGCUGCGACCACCAGCACACAAUGGAGGAUGUCGUAAAGACAACAAGAGACAAUGUCUGCUUGAAGCUCCCACUAGACUAACAACCAACC